AUGAAGGACUCCGCCACAACCUCGGCAGCGGCGGCGGCCCCCAGAGGGGGUGACUGCGGACGCCAUCACCGCCAUGAUUGCGUUGUUCCACGCCGCACCGACGUGGCGCAGCACACGUGCUUCUACUUUACUGUGUUCUUUAGCAACAACCCGCCCAUCUUUCACUCGAACCGCAUUCCACCGGAGAGGCUCGGCAUGAGGACAGUGGUGCCCUCCACCACAGCGCGGGAGGAGGUGAGGCAGAUGGCGAGCAGAGUGUCGUCCGUGUCUCUGUCCGCGGCGGCGGAUGGGUCGGCAAGCAGCGCGUCGCCGUCUUCCCCCUCCUCACCAUGCACCGGUUGCCAGCAGCGGUACUGGAAGACCGUGUUCGGGGAGCCCGAAACGGACGGCGCCGCACGCCCUGGCAUGGGACACCCCUACGCCAAUGGCUUCUACGCCGCUUGGGCAGAGGCAGAGGAGGAUCGAGACGGCGCCACUGCUCUGGUUGGGGAUUACCGCAGCGCGACCGCAACGGUGGAGGAGGUGCCACAGCAAACCCUACAGAAUGUGGCGUUCCCUACGGCGUUCGGCAGCUGUGGCGGGGCAUGUAUGUUGCCAGUCCGAACUUGUGGCCGUCGCACACCAAGCGCGUCCGCGGUGCCGUCGCCGAAGAUGCCUCUGCCGGCAGAGGCAGCCUCGCCACAGGCAUCACCAUCAAAGCCGCAGCCUCCGCCGCCGCAGUUUCCGAGCGCAGCGGACACUGCAAUUGUGAGGGCAGCCGAUGCUGAAAAGUCGACGCAGGAGGCAACCAGCGAGUGCGCACAGAAGCGUGUGGCCGAGACGCUCGCCAUAUCCUCAGCGGCAACGAACAAUGCCCCUGGCCCCUUCUCCUCGACGACGUGCACCCUUCCCCUCCGCUGCACCGCCACGCCCGCGAAGGACGCAUCGCCCACCAAAACGGUGGCUGGGGCGCCGACUAUACCAGAUCACUGCAAGCCCACGCUCCCCGCGGUCAAGUGGGAAGACGAGGACAAUGCAGCGGUGCACAGUGCCCACAAUGAAGGUACCGCGACCAGCACCAUCGCUACUGAGUCGCGGGGGCAGCUCGGUCAAGGGAGCACACAACUCCCGCGGCUGCACGUGGGCACUGAUACAAUGACCAGUACUGCUGAGGGUGAGACGCUGCCGCCACCGCAACAACGGCCGACGCCUACUGCAGCCCCGGCUGCUGCGCUCAACGCUGUGCCCAUCACAUCAGCACCCGCGGGGCUUCGGACUAGCACCGCCGUCAACUGCGUUGCUUCGCACCUCGUUGCUCACACGUCAGCCGGUCCGCGCAGCAGCAUCGAUGAAACCGGCUCCGCCGCUCUGGCAGCUAGCGCACCGAUUCGGGAGGGGCCGCCGUGGAACAUGAGAGUGGAGGAAGUGCGCUCCGCCAAGGGCGAGCUUCGCUACUACCGCAUCAUCCUCACAGCCUCCUUCGCCGCGCUUGUGACGACGCACAUUGGCUUGAUGCACUCCAUGCAGACACGCAACGCGGCCACGGCGCUGGUGGUCCUAUGCCCUCCAUGCGGCCUGCACUUCCGCUUCCUCCUGCAUCACGCGGACAUCCUUCGUAGUGUGUUGAACCGCACCACCGAGUUUGCGAUUCGCACUGUGCAACGCUUCUUCUGUCUGCUCUACUCGCCCACGCAGAAGCCGAAGGGCUCGCAGCAGCAGGUGCUGAAGGGCAUUGCCGCGCUACUCGAGGCACACCCAGAGGGGCUUGAGACGUACCGCGCCGUAAAGACGGAGCUGACGAACGCGCUGUGCCUUCGCUUUCCGCUCCCGAUGCUGGCGCUUGCGACGUCGGCGUGGGCGGUGCCAGUGCUGAUGCGGUCGUCCCUCUUCAGCAUGCGAACGCAGUCGUGUAUCAAGCGGGUAUCGGCAAAGUCGCUUGGUGGGCCGGGUGACGCGUCGUCGAAGUUGGCGAGUGGGCUGAGCGCAGACGACGCGUCUGCCUCGGUAGGGAAACGGCUCGGCACCGGUGCGCCGCCUUGCGGACCUGCUUGCUCGACACCUUUGCUCUUGGAUGAAAUCCUGCACGAGGCCGCUUCCUUCGUACGCGAGUACAGCGAGGGCUUCGCGAGCGCCUUUAUCUGCGGACUGUUGUCCUUGACGGAGAGUGCAGUCGGCAGUGCAGGUCUGCGUUCCCAGCGCAGGGUGAGCAACAACGGCAGCAUCACCGCCGGUGUGACGGCGGCGGCGCCCGCCGUGAACGGUCUAACCAGUCCUGACGUGAGCGGCGUGCCUCCGUCGCCGAGCUGCACGCAGAAUGGCUCGUCGCCGAUCGCAACGCAUGAGGCGUCGCCUUAUUUUUCGGGCGGCGGCGGUGCAGCUGCUGCUGGGUCGAGAGGUGCGCCAGCAUGGUUGUCUCCGUACGCGGCCUACUGGAGCUCGAUCACGGGCCAGUGCAGCCCACUACAGAGCGGUGAAGACAGCCUCAUCGACUUUGGCAAACCCGCCCCAAUCACAUUAGAAGGCUACGACCGCGCAAGCAGCAGCAGUUGCAGCGUAGAGCACUUGGACGCCGACGCGGCGCUGACGGCGCAUGUAUCGACUAGCAAGAUCACUGCAAAGACACCGGUCGUCAGUCCUCUGAGGAUGGAUGCGGCGUGUGCUGCAGCGAUGCCGUCUUACAGCCCGAAACACCAUUUUCUCUGUGAAGAGAACGGGACGGAGGCGGCGGUAGACCCCGCGAUGCACCUUCCUCCUGCAGGGGAUCGCACCACCGCUGUGCCACCGACCUCCAAGGCAUCGCCACCGUUAGUGGUCUCCGAGGAGACCUUCUUCACCCCUGGCGCCCGCAGGGUGAUGGUUCUCGGUAGUGUCGCGAGUAGCGACACCGUCGCGGCGCGUUCGUGCAGCGCGGAAAACAGCCCACAUUCGUCGGCAGCACCUCGCACCGCAGCGGCCCCAGCGGGGGCACCGUCAGCUGCUGCAGCUGCACCGCAUCUUCCCCCGAAAACGGCAGGCAGCAGCACCACACCAUCGACCGCGAAGGAGGACGAGUACUUGCUUCAUCUAGACAGGCUAGGUCGCGUGGUUAUCUUCACCCGGGACGCUGUCCUGGCUCGCCAGCUGCUCAUUAUCGCGGCGUUCUUGUGGAACGGUUACGGCUGCGGUGCUGCGAUAGGGGGAGGCUUAGCGGCGCGAUCUGGUGCACCAGGCAGAGCCGGCGCCAGUGGGCAGCAACGUGUAGCCCGCAGCGCCGCCGAAGACGUCGCGCUCCGUAACCAGGAGGCACAGCACAUGUACGAGACGGCGGUGGCCGCUGCCGUGUCCUCGGCCGAAUACGCCAAUGUGCCGGUGCAGUGGGUUGCGGAAGAAUUCAGCGAAUCCUGCCUCAGCACCCUAUGUUCCCGCUUCAGCCCAGAGAACGCGCUACUAGUGGUGGUGCCGCGUCAGCUGCAGUGCCGCCGUGUGUAUCUGCGCAAGUACGUGACAGGCACCACCGUGCUGGUAGAGGAGCACAGCGGAAAAGGUGCGAGGAUCUGCACCACACCCUUCCCCUUCCGCUGCUCCAUCUCGAAGCAGGUGGUCGUGCAGCCGGACCCGACCGUGGCGACUUUGUUGCGAGAGGCUUGCAGUCUGCAUCAGAGCAGCCUCGGCUCCGUGAGCUUCGCUGACGUGUUCCAGCGAAUGAUUGGGUGGCUCCACUGGCAGUCGGCGGCGGCGCUGUCGCGGACGGCGGCCGCCGUGCGAGCUGCAUCCGCUGCCACGACGGCGAAUGGCUCGUCGCUCACGCGGUUCGUCAGCUCGGAUGCGGUGUGGCCGUCCUCUGACGUCUCCAUCGGGUCCGCCUCUGCUUCUUCCGGAGCGCGGGAGAACAACAAGAGCAGCCACAUCACGACGCCGGUGACCACGUCGCCGGAGACGCGGCUCACACGCAGCACGAACAAGUCAGCCUCCUCGACAGUGUACCACUGCGAUUCCUUGUGGGAGCCCGAGUCCGUGGAGGAGAACCUGUUGCCUGGCAGCAUGGGCGGCGUAGGCGCGUGGUCGCACAGCGCAGGGGCAAGCGUGCCUGCCACCGGUGGCGCCACUGCGACCGCGAAAACCGCAGCCUUACGCGCCGGGCCGAUGCCCGCAACGUCGAAGCUGCUUGUCUCCCAUGGGCUUCUUCAGCCGCCAGCUGCCUUUACCUCCGCCUCGCACGUGGUCGCAAGCCCCGUGAGGACAGCCUCCUUCAAACUCUUUCAAUGGCUCCGGUCAAGUCCAACGUCGCCUUGGGCUGCGACCACGCACAGCCACCCCGUCCUGUCGCCGGCCGCGCUUGGCCACAUGCAAGGCGCCGAUGGCGUUGUAGGAGGGCAGCGGUCACGCCUUCUUGCCGGCGCUGACGGCGAGGAGGACGUUUUCACAUAG